AAUGUUCCCUCAGAGACAAUAAUUACCUGACCUGAGCUUUCAUCCUCGUCAGAUCCAGCCAAUUCUUCCACACGAGAUUUGAGUCAAUUCUACACGAGCCUUUUCUUCCAAACUUCCGAGUUUGCGACCAUGUUUUUCAAGCAACACUAAUCGACUGUAACACCUCUGCCCUUCUACAUCGGGUCGCUGGACGUCUCGACGACCUCAUACCUUGUGACGCCUGCGGUCGCCGUGAUGUCUUCAGCAUCAUCCAUUCGCGCACCGGCGCGCUUGAUAGCUACCGGUCUCCGGAGCAGCACUUCGAGGGCAACUAUUCCUCCCCUACCGCGUCUCUACCCUCAUCAAUCGCGCACAAUCCUCAGCUUCCUCCGUUCCGAAACCUCAAAGUCGAAGAGUGUUCAACUACCGAGUCACUUCUUCUCUCGCGCCCUGUCAGGUAAACCUCUGCCGCAGGUCAAGUCGAAGGCCCUCAACUACACAUACCGCCUGGCAGCGUGGGUGGGCGCCUCCCUGACGGUGGUUGGCGUAGGCGUUAUUGGCUUCUUCCUGUACGAUGCCUCUACGUACAAAGACCACAGCACGCACAGCGACAUUGACGUCUCGCAGCUUGCCCUCCAGCCGCGACGAGGAGGACCCAAGAACCUCCCGAUAGCCGAUGUCUUCAUUGACGAUGAUGACUCGGAAGCCAAACGCAAGCUGAAGCAAAAGCCACGGUUGGUUAUCUUGGGCGGAGGCUGGGGUGGUGUUGCUCUCCUGAAGGACCUGAAUCCUGACGAGUACCACGUAACAGUCAUCUCGCCCACCAACUACUUCUUGUUCACGCCUAUGCUUCCGUCCGCUACUGUGGGAACGCUCUCGUUGAGAUCUCUCGUUGAGCCCAUCCGCCGCAUCCUCAGUCGUGUCAAUGGUCACUUCAUUCGCGCCAAAGCCGAAGACAUCGAAUUCUCGCACAAGCUGAUUGAGGUUGCCCAGACCGACCCAGAGGGUCGCGAAGUGCGCUUCUAUGUUCCUUACGAUAAAGUUGUCCUAGCUGUUGGCUCCACCACCAAUCCUCAUGGUGUAAAGGGACUCGAGCACGCAUUCUUCCUCAAGAACAUUGAUGACGCGCGUACCAUUCGCAACCGCGUCAUCCACAACCUCGAGCUCGCCUGCCUGCCUACCACGUCCGACGAGGAGCGCAAGCGACUACUGUCCUUUGUCGUGAGUGGCGGUGGCCCUACUGGAGUCGAGUUCGCCGCCGAGCUCUACGAUUUGCUCAAUGAGGAUCUUUCACGUCACUUCCCCCGUCUAUUGCGAAACGAAAUAUCGGUUCAUAUCAUCCAGAGCCGCGGCCACAUUCUGAACACGUACGACGAGACGUUGUCAAAGUACGCCGAAGACCGAUUUGCCCGCGAUCAGGUUGACGUUAUGACCAAUGCGCGUGUGAAGGAGGUCCAGCCCGAGAAGAUUAUCUUCACCCAGAAGGAGCCAGAUGGCUCGCUUCAAACCAAGGAGCUUCCGAUAGGAUUCUGUCUAUGGUCGACGGGAGUCGCACCUGCGGCCAUCAGCAAAACUCUUGCCGAGAAGCUAGGAGAAUAUCAGACCAACCGGCAUGCUCUCGAGACUGAUACCCACCUUCGAGUCAACGGAACGCCGCUGGGAGAUGUCUAUGCCAUUGGCGAUUGUUCAACGGUGCAAAACAAUGUUGCUGAUCACAUCAUUACCUUCCUGCGAAGCACGGCUUGGAAGCGCGGCCAUGACCCCGAAACUGUCCAGCUGCACUUUGGUGACUGGCGCCAGGUAGCCCAGGAUGUGAAGAAGCGAUUUCCCCAGGCAGCCGACCACCUGAAGCGCCUCGACAAGCUGUUCUCCGAAUUCGAUAAGGAUCACUCGGGCACACUUGACUUUGGCGAGCUGCGGGAGCUGCUGAAGCAGAUUGACAACAAGCUCACUUCGCUGCCUGCAACAGCCCAGCGCGCGCACCAGCAGGGCCAAUACCUCGCCAAGAAGUUCAACAAGAUGGCCCAGGUCGCAGAAGGCCUCCACGCCAACGAUAUCCGAGACGGCGACCUGGAUGCGGCGACGUACAAGGCUUUCGAGUACCACCACCUGGGCAGCCUUGCAUACAUUGGCAAUUCCGCUGUUUUUGACUUGGGCGAGGGCUGGAACCUGGCAGGCGGCCUAUGGGCAGUCUAUACAUGGCGGUCUGUGUACUUUGCCCAGAGCGUCAGUUUGAGAACGCGGUUGCUGAUGGCGAUGGACUGGGUAAAGAGAGGAUUGUUCGGCAGAGAUCUUAUCAGCUUCUAGAGUGACGAGCGUCCGUAAUUACACCUUGGAUCAAUAUUCGGAGAAAGAUUUAGAAUGAUGAUUACUUGUGACCAAAAUGGCAGAGUCCAAGAUAAUCGGGCUAUAGGGGUGGGUUUCUCACUGUCGAUACAGCCAGGACGAGGACAAAUGAUAGAUAGCGCUGUCUAAAUGACAAAGUCUUUGUGCGUCCAC